CCAGCCGGGUUCCAUGCAGCAGAGUCCAAGAUGGCGGCGCUCUGGAUGCGGCGGGGUGGCUCGGCGGCGGCCGCAAGGAGGCUCUUCGUAGCCGCGCUCCUGUGCCUAAGCAGCCGCUUGCUUCCCGCAGCAGACGCCACCGGCCAGGCGGAAGGCGACGCUCCUACUCCCGCGGGGCCUCACCGGCGGUUCGAAUACAAAUACAGCUUCAAGGGACCGCACUUGGUGCAGUCGGACGGAUCGGUGCCCUUCUGGGUGCAUGCGGGCAAUGCUAUCCCCAGUGCUGAUCAGAUAAGAAUAACUCCUUCAUUAAAAAGCCAAAGAGGAUCUGUGUGGACAAAAAGCAAAUCUAUAUUUGAAUACUGGGAGAUUGAAGUGACCUUCAGAGUGACCGGAAGAGGGAGAGUAGGAGCUGAUGGAUUGGCAGUCUGGUAUACCGAAGGGCAAGGAUUAGAUGGCCCGGUUUUUGGCGCAGCAGAUAACUGGAAUGGUGUUGGCAUCUUCUUUGACUCCUUUGACAACGAUGCAAAGAAAAACAACCCCGUGGUGAUUAUUGUCGGCAACAAUGGCAAGCUCCAUUAUGACCAUCAAAAUGACGGUUCCACACAAGCAUUGGCAUCAUGUCAAAGAGAUUUUCGUAACAAGCCUUAUCCGGUCCGAGCAAAGGUUAUGUACUACCAGAAGACGCUAACUGUAUUAAUAAACAAUGGCUUUACCCCAGACAGAGAAGACUACGAGUUUUGUGCCAAAGUUGAAAACAUGGUGCUGCCUCCUCAAGGAUACUUCGGGAUCUCUGCAGCAACCGGUGGUCUUGCAGAUGACCAUGAUGUCUUGUCAUUCCUGACUUUUCAGCUGACAGAGCCUGGCAAAAUGGCGCCUCCACCAGAUACAGAGAUUGCUGAAAAGGACAAAGAGAAAUAUCAAGAAGAAUUUGAGCAUUUCCAGCAAGAGUUGGACAAAAGGAAGGAGGAAUUUCAGAAAGAGCAUCCUGACAUGCAAGGCCAGCCAACGGAUGACCUCUUUGAGACGGUGAGUGAUCGUGAGCUGAGGCAGAUCUUUGAAGGCCAAAAUCGAAUUCAUCUGGAAAUAAAACAACUCAACAGGCAAUUAGAUAUGAUUCUGGAUGAACAGAGAAGAUACGUCUCUGCAGUAACGGAAGAAAUUUCCAAAAGAGGGGCAAAUGUCCCUGGCCAUCAAGGGCAGGUCUCCCAGUUAGAACUUGACAGUGUCGUAAAAACUCAAGAAGAGGUCCUGAGACAAGUUGGUGAAAUGAAAAAUUCCAUGGGGGAAACUCUGCGGCUAGUCAGUGGCAUUCAGCACCCUGGUUCUGCUGGUGGGAUCUAUGAAACAACACAGCAUUUCAAUGACAUUAAGGAGCAUCUCCAUGUCGUAAAGAGGGACAUUGAGCAUUUAGUCCAGAGGAAUAUGCCAUUGAACGACAAACCCAAAUGUCCAGAGUUGCCACAAUUUCCAUCGUGUUUAUCUACAACACACUUCUUUAUAUUCGUAGCUGUGCAGACGCUACUGUUCAUUGGUUACAUCAUGUACAGGAGUCAGCAAGAAGCAGCAGCAAAGAAGUUCUUUUGAUGGCCACUCUAUUGUGCAUUCCAGAGGUGCAUGGAAAGCAUUGCACUAGUUGCAGAGGAGGGAAACCCUAGUGUUUAAAAUGCUUCAGUAUUUUAAAUUAUUGAGUUUUUUUUAACCAAGUACACUGAAUUCUGGAUUACGAUGCUAUAAAACUGACAUACUCCAAGGCAGAAAGGAGGCAAAUUCUGUCUUGGAACUUCCAGGAGAGAUGGAUGGAUGAAAUAUGCCUUUACUUGAUUGUCAAAAUACAUCCCAGGUAGGGUCUUGGGACAGGAGUAUUUCUCACACCUGUUUUUACAUUCUUAUUUGGGGAGAUUGUGGAAGGCAGAAAGACUUGCGGUAAAAUAUUUGUUUUAUGUCUCAGAGGGGAAGGGAGGCAGGCAGGCAGGCAGGCAAUGUGGUUCUGAAACUGCAUUCCCCUUUAGAGUUUUAAGAGAUUGCAAAAAAAGACAUUUAACCUUGUGGGCAGUGAUAGAUGAGAAGCGGUUUAAUAUCAUCAAUCCAACUUUAUAAAAAUAGGCUUGCAGAAAAAGUGAUCAGCAGGGGUAUUGAACAAAGGAGUUUGUAGAACAGCUCAAUUCUUAAAGAUGCAAUUUUUCUGUGUAGAAAAAGAUAGGAGGGAAGAAGCUCUUUCUAGCAUGUUUUGAUACAGUUCUUUGUAUUCACAUUGAUCAUACUUUUGUAAAAGUGUUCUUUAAUCUCUCUUCAACGAAGAGAUCCUAGCUUGCAUGAUCUUGAAAUUCACCUGACUUGGGAGAAUAUGGUAUAGCAGCGAUCUUCAAAAUGUAUUCAUUGAACGUUAUAAAUCACGCAGACCUUGCAUUGAAUUGUUCGAAGUGGUAUGGUCUUCUCCAAAGCCAGGAAUAUUGUUGGCAAUACUGAUGGCAUUGUUAAAAAAAUUCAAGCUUGUUCUCCUGUUUUUACUGAACCAGUAUUGUUCUUAAUCUGCAAGUAUUCUUAUGUCUUACCCACCUUUAUUAUGUAAUCCUUCUUAAGGCAGUUCCAGAACAGCAAAUGUGAAUUUACUCUGCCCAGCAUUUUGUCCUUGUAGUGUUGACUUGAAACUUCAUUUUUAUGCAUGUGGAAAUUAUAAUUGAAUAGGUUUUGAAUAUCGUUAAGUGUUCAAAUUCCUCUAAACUUAAAAUAUUAAAAAGCAAGCAAUGUCCACUCUAUCCAGUAUUACAUAUGUUGAAGGCGUUGUUUGCAAUUUUGAGAAACAGAACAAAUCUAUGCAAUUCUCUCCCUUUGAAGAUAUUGAUAGCAUUAUGUUAGGAUUUACAAACUGGAAGUUUUCCAUCAAGUGUUUAAAAACAUGUAACUGCAAAAUACCUUUCUGCAACACACAAUUGAGGACAAGUAAGCAGACUUAUUUUUAUCAACCAAAAUCACUCAAAAGGGCCAUUAUCCAUUCUGUUUCAGAAUGGAUAAUAUUUUUACAGGUGCCUUGGACAAAUAAAAACCAAAUGUAUGCUGUAAAAAUGACCUACUACUCAAGGGUUUGUGGAUUCUGUUGAGUUGUUUUUCUUUGGAAUAUAUUUGGGUUAGGAUGCAGAUCUUGUAGAGAAACAUCUAUAUUUUCUUUUGACGUAAUGUGAAUCUACCCAGCCAAGAAUUAAAAUAUUGAAGCAA